AGGCUCCAUUUAAAUCAAAUCUUCACCCUUUCAGAGCAUGAACCGUACAGACACAUACCAGCAAUACAGAUUGCAUCGGAAAACCAGGAAAGAUGGUUUUCAAAUUUCACACCAUCGAUUUUACCGAGGAGGUCGAUUUUAACUCUCUGUUUGCUCCUUCUCCUACUCCGUCGUCCACCGUUUGCCUUCCACUUGGCAAGAGCUUCACCCGAGCCAUGGCUGUCGCAGGCAGAGCCACUGAAGGCGUUUCUUGCGGGUUCACUGCCCCUGCCGCCGAGGUUUCUUGCUGGAGGCCGAACACAUCAUCCGACGACUCGAAUCUCCAAUUACUUCAUCCCCAGGUACAGCUUCGAAAAUUUACAUACCAGGAACUGAAAGUCGCGACUGGCAAUUUCAGCAAAGAGAAUGUUUUGGGAGAAGGUGGGUUUGGUACGGUCUACAGAGGAAUUUUGCUUGAUGGAUCUGUAGUGGCAAUAAAAAGAUGUGCCCGAGCAUCUGGCGAUGCUGAAGUGCAGGCUUGUGCUGAAGUGCAGGUUGGGAGUAUGGCCAGGCACCGGAAUCUGAUCCAACUGCUCGGCUUUUGCGAUUCAAUGGAGCCGCAAAAACCUGUCAAGAAAAGAAAGGCAAGGUCACAACCGGUAAAGUACCUGUCGGUAUUUCUGACCAAAAAGAAAGUACCUGUUGGUAUAUCCAUUGGCGGUCAACGGCAAUGUGGAUUCCCACUUGAGGGAGUGCUCCGCAUUGCAACCCCCUCUCGAUUGGCCUACCCGGAUGCACAUUGCCUUAGGAGUGGCGAGAGGGCUCUCGUAUCUUCACGAGGAUUGCAGUCUUCAGAUAAUUCACCGCGACAUAAAGCCUUCGAACAUUUUGUUGGAUGA